AUGUCGAUUGUAUUAGACGAAUUUUGUUAUAGACACUGGGAUAAUCCAAAGUAUCACGGUGCUCGUAUUACAACCAUGACAAAGGAUGAAUUUAUUGAACAUGUUCGUAAAUAUAUCGCUGAGAACGGUGGAUUUGACAAAUGCUCUGUCGAAGGAUAUGCACCAUUCUGCAGACACAUAUUUAUUCCAAAUCCAACUGAUGCUUGCGUUGAUGCUGUUAAAAUUACUCCAGAAAUCGAACCCCUUAUUAAAAGUGGUUAUUGUGCACGUCGUGAUGAUGAAUUACCAGUAUUAUGUCGUUGGGUAUGCGCUCAGGAUAUUCCUGGUGGCAUUCCAAAGGCCAAUGUUCUUGAUUUAAUUUUUUAUAAUCAUGAACAGCUUGUUGCAGAGGCCAAAGAUAUGAAUCUCCAAUUACAGCCUGGAGACUGGGACUGGGGACUUAUCUCUAUUAAAGGCCAGGAUAAACCAGGAGAAAUUCCAAUGCAGCCUAUCACUGCAAUGAGAAAUGCACUUGGAAGACAAUAUGGUGGAUCUUCUGUACCAAUCGAUGAGGCCAAAUACCGUGCUUCCGCAGAAUAUUGGAACAAAUACGUUUCUGUUCAAUAA